AUGGAAAAUGAUAUAGCAAAGGACGAUGUCGAAAAUGGUGAUUCUAUCUUGUGCGAUGAACUGGUUGAAGAAGGAGCAGUAGUUGUCGUUGACAGUUGCAUGAGUUUUACUCGAACAUAUGAACAAUCUCCUCAGAGCAUAGCUAAGGAGUAUCCAGCCAUGCAAACUUUGGUGUUAGCUUACCAGUCCCUUGGAGUUGUUUAUGGAGACCUAGGAACUUCCCCUCUCAAUGUAUUCUCCUCAACUCGAUUAACAAAACUCACAGAAGAAGAUCUAUUAGGAACACUAAGCCUAAUUAUCUGGACAUUAACGGGUCUCGUGUUAAUAAAAUACGUGUUUAUUGUUCUCGAAGCAAACGAUCAUGGAGAAGGUGGAACUUUCGCUCUGUAUUCUUAUAUAUGUCGACAUAUUAAAAUUCGGAGCAAAUUCAGCAUCGGUAAUACAAGAUUGGAGUCGCAUGAAGAUGUGACUUACUACAGUCGAGGAAUCCCUCUGCGCACGAGGACGAGGAAAUUUCUUGAGACAAAUCAUACUGCUCAAAACUUUCUUACUAUUCUUGUGUUGCUUGGAACUUGCAUGGUUAUUGGGGAUGGAGCACUUACCCCAGCAACUAGUGGUAAUUUCCGCUUCUACGAUUAA